CGGCGCGCCUGGUCCAGCCGCGGGCUGAGCGCGGAGCGGCGGCGGGCGCAGGAUCCGGGUCCGGGUCCUGGCGCGAGCCGAGCGCAGCCGCUCUCUCCAGCCGGACGGAGCGGGCAGAGCGAGCGAAGUGGGGCCGAGCGCGCCAGCGGGCGGAGCGGGGCACGGCGCGUCGGGGCCGCCGCCGGGGGGAUGCGGCUGCCUCCCCCGGCGGGCGAGUAGAGAGGGCGGGUCCCCGGCCUCGGGAGCGCGGCGGUGGAGGGGACAGAGGCGGCGGCCAUGGCGACCCCCGGCAACCUGGGGUCCUCCGUGCUGGCGAGCAAGACCAAGACCAAGAAGAAGCACUUCGUAGCGCAGAAAGUGAAGCUCUUUCGGGCCAGCGAUCCGCUGCUCAGCGUCCUGAUGUGGGGGGUAAACCACUCGAUCAAUGAACUGAGCCAUGUUCAAAUCCCUGUGAUGUUGAUGCCAGAUGACUUCAAAGCCUACUCAAAGAUAAAGGUGGACAAUCACCUUUUUAACAAAGAAAACAUGCCGAGCCAUUUCAAGUUUAAGGAAUACUGCCCGAUGGUUUUCCGAAACCUGCGGGAGAGGUUUGGAAUCGAUGAUCAAGAUUUCCAGAACUCCUUGACCAGGAGCGCACCCCUCCCCAACGACUCCCAGGCACGCAGUGGAGCCCGGUUCCACACGUCCUACGACAAAAGAUACGUUAUCAAGACCAUUACAAGUGAAGAUGUGGCCGAGAUGCACAACAUCCUAAAGAAAUACCACCAGUAUAUAGUGGAAUGUCAUGGGAUCACCCUUCUUCCCCAAUUCUUGGGCAUGUACCGCCUUAAUGUUGAUGGAGUUGAAAUAUAUGUGAUUGUUACAAGGAAUGUGUUCAGCCACCAUUUAUCUGUAUAUAGGAAGUACGACUUAAAGGACUCAACAGUGGCUAGAAAAGCUAGUGACAAAGAAAAGGUCCAGUUCAGGAGCUUGGGCGAAGGGUCUCUAAAAAGCUCCGUGGUUACUCUGAUGCUCACGUUUGUUGAAAAUCAUGGAGACUUCAGCAUAAUAGGAAUAUGCAGGAGUUACAUGGACUCUUCGAAAGCUUCUCUUGCCCUUGUGUUUGGACUCCUCCAAUCCCCUCUCUUGAGUCAAUCACCCUCCCGUGCUUCUGCCUCCAUCAGCAGGCAGCUCGUGCCUUUUCCGGUAUUGUCAUUUAUGCCCAACUUUGCUUUUAUCCCCUUUACAGACUCACCUAGGAAAGAGGUGUACUUUAUGGCAAUUAUUGACAUUCUGACUCACUAUGAUGCAAAAAAGAAAGCUGCCCACGCUGCAAAAACUGUUAAACAUGGCGCUGGUGCAGAGAUCUCGACCGUGAACCCAGAACAGUAUUCAAAGCGCUUUUUGGACUUUAUUGGCCACAUCUUGACGUAACCUCCUGCACAGCCUCGGACAGACAUGAGCAUGGGAAGGACAGAGGUGGCUUCCACAUAGGAAAAAUGAAAACCAAACUCAGUGAAGCAUACCUCCUCGUUUACAUCUUCAGGCCAAGAUGACUGAUUUGGGGGCUACUUGCUUUAACAGCUACCUGAUAUUUCCCAGUAUUGUUUAGCUAUUUCUGAUGUGUGUGUGUGUGUGUGUGUGUGUGUGUGUGUGUGUGUGUGUGUACGCACGAAUCUUCAAAAUUAAUUAAUUAAUUAAUGGAAACUGAUCAGCUUCAGAGUGUGUUUGGGCAAUGACCCUCUGAUUCCAGCUGUGUAUGAAUGAAUGAAUUAAUGAAUGAGCACCUGCAGGGGGGAGGGGAAAAGGAAAUGCAUGUCAGACCAACCAUGCUGGCAUCACAUGAUAAACUGUGGAUCAGUUUAUUUUUUGGAGUUGAAAGAUGUGAGACAGUAUUCAUAAUAAUAAUGAAGAUAAUAAUGAUGAUAAUAAUAAUGAUGGUGAUUAAGGGGAAAAAAAACUUAACCACGAAUGUUACACUCCUACCACACACACUGACACUCCUUAAUAGUUGUACCCUCAGCCCCUGGCACUGGAUGGAGGAGUGCUGGCAUCUCCUGAGUGUCCUGGUUCAGGGUUCUGCCUCCAAAUGGUGUCAGGACUUCCAAUGUCCGGGGACAAAGGCCCCUCCUCCAGCAAGAGGCUGAUGCCCCUAGUCAUUCUCUCUGUACAUUUUCACCUCAGUAAGUACAUCCAGGAAAACUGCUUACUUCUCUUUUCUUGCCUGGAGCUUCUUCACUGUUACACUCUUAUGUUGCAACAUAGGAAUUAAUGCUAAAAAAAGUAAAAAUAAAGCUUACCUGAAAAGUGCAUAGUUUGGGGCAAUGGUAUCUUCAUCUCCCAUGGUGGGAAGGUGAGCAAAGCAUUAGAACUCUCAAUUCUCCUGUUACCGAUUGCAAAUCUGAAUUACAAGAUGUUUAUGUUUGACCAUUGUUUAAACAGUGGUAUUUUGUUAUGAAUUAUCCCUUUAACUGAAACCCUCAAUAUUACUGUUUACAUUAUUAGGAAAACAGGGAUAUUUUUGAAUCUAAAAAUUUAAUGUACAGCAUGUGAUUUUUGAAGUUUACAUGUAAAGUCAUUUCACAGUGUAGGUGAAAUAAUGUUUGUCAUAUUUUGAAAUGUAUCCUGCAGUCAUGUUCUGGGGUGAAUAUUUUAUUCAAAGUACAUGGUAGGCAGUCUUUUACAAUUAGAGGAAAAGGGUUGUUUUGUUUCCUCCAGAUGUACAUUUAUGAACAUAAUGAUUUUUUUUUAAAUGCUUAACCCAAAUCUGGUCAUAUAAGUUCAUUGCCCUAAACUGUGCUGAUUGUGUUUAAUCAAGUUAUAAAUUUCCAACAUCGAUCAUGUAUUUACCAACUUUCUGGCAUUUUCUGAAAGGCGUCAAGCUGAAAUAUUAGACUUGCUUAGAAUAGGUUAUCAACUUAUACACUGUGCUAAAGCUGUGCCUUUGAAAUUCUUUGUUUAAAACAUGAGACGAUUUUUGUAGGCAGUUUCAGAAAAGAAAAAAAAAAUUCACCCUUCAAUAAUUACUUAUAACUCAACAAAUACCCCCCUGCCAUACUGCCUCUUCCAGUAACUUUACUUCAGGGCUUAUCAAGACUGUAAUUGUGCCCAAUAUAUGUGGGAUUACUUCAGAAAACACGAGGUGACAGCUAAUCUGUAUCUUUGGAAGCCAGCAGCAACACCAUCCUACUAUUAUCUACUAAUGUCACAUAGAUUUGUUAUCCUCAGCAGAUGAUGUUCACAGUCCUGUGACAUGGUUGUCCGAAUCUGUAUUUCAUGCAUUUGAAUUAAUUGAGACUGUGAUUUGGUCCCAACCCCCCCGCCCCACUUUCCUUCUGGCAUCAAGUCACCUUCAGUGUUCUGAAGUUAAACUGUAGUUUCUUUGACCCAAGACUACAAGUGAGACCCUGCAGUAAAGAAAAGGUACACAUACAUUAUUUGAGUAACUAUUUCCUUUGUGGCCAAUCUGUGUAUGCUUUUAGAAGUUUACAAAAUGCUUUAUUUUUGUCUGUAACAGUCUCUGUCAUUCAUUUCUGUCGAUAAACUAUUUGGACAGAGUGAGGAAGUUUGCCUUGUAUCUCUUAGUGCUAACAGUACACUCCAGUCAUGAGCCGGGCUUUACAAAAUAAAGCACUUUGAUGACUUACAA